AUGUACCCGGGCAAAAGCAUGGGUCUGGAAGUCAUCAGUGAUGACGUCGAAGAGCUGGUGGAGGAACACAGCACCGUGUUGUCUACUGGCGAACUCAAAUUCUUACAGAAGAAGCAACAGAGGGAGAUGCUUGAGGAGAUAUCUUCGGAGGAAGAGGAUGGAAGGGCGAAUGUACCUAGAUCUAUCUAUCUAUCUAUCUAUCUAUCUAUCUAUCUAUUGUGUAGUCGUGUAAUACUCUUCUGUUGUACUUACUGUUUAAUAUAUGAUAUAUCUGUAACACUAAUUUUAUUAUUUCUUAACCAUUUACUUGGUCACAACACUAUCUAUCUAUCUAUCUAUCUAUCUAUCUAUCUAUCUAUCUAUCUAUCUAUCUAUCUAAUUCUGUUAUCUAUCUAUCUAUCUAUCUAUCUAUCUAUCUAUCUAUCUAUCUAUCUAAUUUUGUUAUCUAUCUAUCUAUCUAUCUAUCUAUCUAUCUAUCUAUCUAUCUAUCUAUCUAAUUUUCUUCAAUAUCUAUCUAUCUAUCUAUCUAUCUAUCUAUCUAUCUAUCUAUCUUCUUGGCCGAUGUCCUAUUUAACAAAUAUUUUUUCUUCUAUCUCUCUUUCUAUACUGCUAUUCAUUUCUUCUUCUUCUCUUUCUUCUUCUUCUUCUUCUUCUUCUUCUUCUUCUUCUUCUUCUUCUUCUUCUUCUUCUUCAUCUGCUGCUGCUGCUGCUGCUGUCCACCUUACUUUCCUUGAUCAUUUUCGACUAGUUAUCUCUUCUUCCUGUCGCUUCUCGUUUUCGUAUCAAGAUACAAAAUUAAGGCAAGUGUUAAUGCCAGAAUACAAUGUGUGCCUGGAAGAAAGGUUCUCGCAGUUUGCUGAACAUUAUCUUUAUGUAGAAACCGCGACAGCUAUCCUUCCAACCAAAUAA